AAUUAGGCUAUUGUUAAGAGAUUCCAGUGCCUCCUAUGUUCUCUUUCAACCACUGCUUCCCUCUUCGUUACACCAUGAAAGGACCUAGUGUGGUCUCCAAGUACUUAGCCACUUCAAUGCUUGCUCUACAAAACAUAGACCUCCAAGACCCACCAUUCAAACCAAGCUGCACUACCGCACACAAGGAAUGGUGGAAGUCUUAUUUUGUGCCAAGUUUUUUUGGUGUAGCCGAGAACUUUAUCAAUCUUCUUCCUUCUUCACAACCCAACCAAUCUGCAGUAGAAAUAAAAUCUCAAGUUGAUGACACAGUCCCAGAGUCUGUUACUUCAAGUCACACUGUGGCAAAAAAAGAGGGCAAUAACCAAACAGAAAAGCUUCCAAUAUGUAUCAAACGAGUAGCCCAUAAACCUCCUUUAGUUAAAAGGUUGGCCACAGCCUCUUCAUCUUCUCCUUUCAAAGCCUCCUUAGCUGCUGAAGCUCGUCUACAAAGCUUGAUUGAUGAAAUAAUUCACAAUCCCAUUAUUAAAGACCCAAUUGAUAAGUCUUCGAGCCACGAAUGUUCAAACUCCUCUCCUUCGGAUAUCCAAAAGCUUCCAUCUAAGACGAAAGGCACUCGUUCUUCCUUGCGGCUUGCUAACAAGAAAUUCAAGAUUGUCAACCCAAAUGAGGUGGUUGAUCUUUCUCCGAAAACCAGGAAAACAUCUUCCACUACAUCUACUCCAUUUCAAGCCAGCUUUCCAACUCCCAAGACCUCAACUCCUCUUACUACUAUUGAUGAUGCCAUGGAAGAUGAAAUCUUUGCCAAGUUUGAGAAAUUAACAAGUCUUCAUACCUUAGAAGAGCUUGUCAAUGGAGAUCCAGCAAACUUCUGUCGCAUUCCAGAUCAGCCAACCAUUAUCAGUGCUGCUAAAAUCCUAAAUUGUUACAGGUGCUUUGCAGACAAAUCAGAUGUUAUAGGGAGAGUUGAGUCUGCUCCUAAAACUGUAGUUGAUGAGACUGCAACCUUGACUCUAGAGAGGUUGAUAGACUCUGCCGACCAAGCUGAAGAAGAGCUUACUCUUAUAAGGAUGGAAUGGAGUGACUGGCACAACCAUUUUCCUUAAAUCCUUUGCAUAUUCUUUUCACUGUCUAGAUCAUUUCUGAUUUUGAAUCCUGUGGCCAUAAAGCCACUCAGACUUUGAACAUUAUGAACUUACUUUUGAACUUGUUGAUCUCUUCUUUUAAAAUAGUUGUAGCAAGCUCUUUCAUCUUAUUCCAGCUUAAUUCUAUCUGGGCAUUGCUUAUCCCCACAGCCAAACAAGGCCGCUUGAUCCAUCUUGUUCUUAUUUUAAAAUAAAGGAAAAGAAAGCAA